AUGGCGUCUGGGGAGGACAACAAAACCACUUUGGAUCCCAUCACCCCGGAUGCUAUUCCCUCGCUCGAAAUCAGCGUUAGCCAGCCAACCACCACACAGAAGUGGCUCCUCUGGAUUUUCUACGCAUUGGUCAUCUACGUUCAGGGUCUGAGCAGCUUCACCUUGUCCGUCUACCUCAACACGGCGGCCUCUCUCUUCAACGGCAACAUCCAGUACACGACAAUCUCUACCGUUCAGGCCAUCAUUUACGGCGUGGCCAAUGCCGCAUUUGCGAAGAUCGCCGACGUCUUUGGGCGGCCCAUGAUCCUCGCAGGAUCCAUCGGGUCAUAUGCGCUCGGCACGAUAGUGCUCGCGACAGCUCAAAACAUCGGCACUCUCUCAGCGGGGAUGAUCUUCUUCUCCUUCGGCAACACGGGGAUCAACUUCUCCACCAACAUCAUUAUUGCUGACCUGAUUCCUGCCCACUGGCGCUGCACCGUCACAAACCUGACGCUCAUGCCCUUCAUCAUCAACUUCGGCAUAGGUUCCAAGAUUACCGGAGCCUUGGUCCCGGACCAAUGGAGGUGGGGUAUCGGAAUGUUUGCCAUUCUGGUGCCGGUCACUGCGACUCCACUGGCCUUCUACCUGUUCAGCAUAGCCCGCCGUGUCUCGCGCUCCGAAGAGACUCCCAAGCUCACCCUAGCCAGGCUGCGCAUCGUCGUCUCUUCCCUCGACUUACCUGGCCUGUUCCUGCUGCUCAUUGGCUUUGGACUUCUCCUGCUACCUCUGACAAUUGCUGAUCAAGCGCCACGGGGUUAUGGCACUGGCUAUAUUAUUGCCAUGUUUGUUCUUGGCGGCGUCGCCCUGGUCGCCUUCCCCUUCGUCGAGAGUUGGGUCUCGUAUCCCGCCGUCAACCUGCGGCGCCUGCGCCACGUCGACUCCGGCAUUGAUGUUAUCAUUGCAACUUCCAUCUCCAUGGCCGAUGCCCUGUCUACGAUGGUGGCCUUCACGCCUUCUUACAACUGGGUCAGGAUAACCUUCGACUAUAGCGUGCAACACGCCACGUACUACCUGUACGCCGGCAGUCUCGCCGUGGUCAUCUUUGGCAUUGCCGGCGGCCUCGUCGCCACCGCCACGCGCCGCUACAAGUGGCUGACCGUGUUCGGCGGCGCAACUCGCCUGAUGGCCCUGGGCCUGAUGUACCGCUACCGUGGCCCCGAGAGUUCUACGGCCCAGAUCAUCAUCCCGCAGAUCCUCCAGGGACUGGGCGGCGCAGUCAUGACGGCCAACCUCCUCGUGGCGGCCCAGAUCAGCGUGCCCCACGCCGACGUCGCCAUGGUCACGGGCAUAUUCCUCAUGGCCGGCGGUGUCGCCGAUGCCGCCGGCAGCGCCAUUGCCGGCGCGAUCCAGCAACAACUGCUGCCAGCCCUGCGCGAGUUCUUGGCCAGCACGGCGGAUGACGCUGCCAUACAGGCCAUCUACGAACAGGGCUAUCUAGCCCUGGACCCCGACUACCCGCUCGGCAGCCCCGUUCGCACGGGAGCUAUCCUCGCGUGGGAGAAGAACACGCGUCAGAUUCUAGCGACUGCCAUUGCAAUUGCGGGGCUGAACUUUCUGUUGUGCUUCGCACUCAAGGAUCGUGUCUUGCCCGAGACUCAAAACAGAGUGACGGAUGAGGACACUGGAUUGCCUGUGCCGAUGAUUGAAGCGGACCGGGCGAAGACUGUAGAUGCUUGACCAUAGAGGCUCGGUCAAGGGCGAUCUCCAAUCAGUGCAGAUGCUGUGUAAUGAUGAGGCUCUAGCUAAUGUAGUUUUCUCUUAUCAAGGCUGCCAACUUGCAACGGUAGAU